AUGGCCGCCGGCAGCAGGUCAGUUCAUUGGACCGCCUCGGUCUCUGAUUUCGACGGUGACAUCGACCUUCUUCAUCUCCUGGCUCCUCUUCUUCCUCAUGUCAGGGCGGGAGAUUGUCUGCCGCCGGCGCCGAUCGCCGCUGCUCCUCCUCCUCCUCCUCCUCCUCCUCCCGGACCCGGUGUCCUUCACCUGCAGAGAUGCAAAACCGAAGUCCUCGAAGCCUCUUCUUCUUCUGACGCCGCGUUUGCUGCAGCCGACUGCUUCUCGUCGGCUCUGAUGAACCUACAGAGGGAGGACGAGAGUUUCUACCUGCCCAUGUACUCUGCGCCACCGCCGGCAGCAGUCGUCGGCGAUCAGUACUGCUCCGACCAACUCCAACCCUUACCUGCUGACGGCGCACUCACGAGCCUUGACGACGCGCUCCUGCUGGCGCCGCUGAGCGACAUUGAUCUUGAGGCCUUCGACAAUAAUGCCGACGAGCAGAAGAAGCCUCCUCUCGAGCAAAUGAUUACGAUCCCGCCGGCGGUUCAUCAUCAUCAUCAUCAUCAUCCCGCCGCCGCCGGCACGCGAGCCCCACCAAUCCACGGUACGAUCGCUGGCCAAAAUGCAGGUGUCGUCGUACAGGCUCAUCAGAAGAAGAAGGCCAUGGUCGCCGUCGAGGACGAGGACUCCUCCUAUUUCGGACGAGGAGCAGCCAGUGGUGUCGAGACGGCCGUCGUCAGGGUCAGGCAUCAUGACGAGCAUCGUCAAGCAAGCUCUGCUGCGGUGGCGCUGGUGCCGCCACCGCCGCAGCAGCAGCAGCCUAUUCCGCCGCCGUCACUGCCACAGCCGCGUGCAAGGAGGAGCGGCGCCGGCGACCGGCGGCAGUCGUCAGCUCCGGCGCCGGGGAAGACGAGGCUGGACCACAUCGGCUUCGACGAGCUGCGCAAGUACUUCUACAUGCCCAUCACCAGGGCGGCGAGGGAGAUGAACGUCGGGCUCACCGUGCUCAAGAAGCGCUGCCGCGAGCUCGGCGUGCUGCGGUGGCCUCACCGGAAGAUGAAGAGCCUCAAGUCCCUCAUGGCCAACGUCCAGGAGAUGGGGAACAGCAUGUCUCCGGUGGCUCUGGAGCAGGAGCUGGCGGCGCUGGAGACGUACUGCGCGCUCAUGGAGGAGGACCCGUCGAUCCAGCUGACGGAGCGGACCAAGAAGCUGCGGCAGGCGUGCUUCAAGGAGAGCUACAAGCGGAGGAGGGCGGCGGCAGUCAGCGUCAUGGACAUGGAUCACAUCUACAGCUUCGGCCACGGCCAGCACCAUCACCACCAGCAGCCGCUGCCACCGCCGACAAGCAGUGCUGCUGAUGACCGCCAUGGCCAGCAGAGCAGCCGUUUCUAUGGCUACUGA